AUUCUGGAUCGGAGAGCUACGAAGAAGCCUGGGAAUAAUCGUGACCCCUCUUCGUUCUUCUCUGAUCUUGAAUUUUUUUUUUUUUUCACCAAAUCCUGUCUCUCUCGAUUUGUUUUUCCAAUUCUGUGGCUCAAUAAGAAAAAUCCCCAACGUUACCCACUCGCGAUCGCUCGUAAUCAAUCUUAGGGUUUCGCGAGAUCUGAGAUUACCUUACACAGAGUUCGUCUCUGAGUUUGAUUCUCUUCUGGGUUUGUCUGUGAUCGUGUGAGAAUGUCUCGGUGUUACCCGUUCCCGCCGCCUGGAUAUGUUCGGGACGAGUCUAUGAUCGAAUCGAUCAAGGGGACAAAGGAGGAAGUUAAAAGAGAAAAGAAAAAUAGAAAACACAAGAAGGAUAAAAAGAGGAAGGAGAGGGAAAAUGAAAAUGAGGCGGAGCGAAGCAAAAAGCACCGUCAUAAGAGACGGCGCAGAGAUGAAAGCGACAAGGCUAGUAAGAAGGUUGAUGAUGGUCGCGGAUUGAUAAACAAUGACGCUGAGCUCUUGGAUAAGAGCUGCCUUACAGUGGAACUUGAGCAUCAAACGUCGUCUCAGACUUCUUGUGAUAGCACUCUUCAUAGCAACGAGAGGCCGGAGCAGAGUCAGAGCCUGCUCCUCGACGGUAGACACUACGACUCUGAAACCAGCAUACGGAUCUUGUUACAUGACAAAGGGCAUAAAUUUCCUGAGGCUGAUGAGGUGAUGACGACAGACAAGGAUCAAAAACAGUGCUCUUCCCUGGAUAGGUUAGAUGCUUCUCAGGCUGCUCCUAGCGAGUCCGUGGCUCCACGAGUCUGUCAGGAGAAGAAAAGAGAUCCUGUUUUUGGUUCGUCUGGAGAAGUCAAAACCAAACUCAGUAAAGAGAAGAGAAUAGUUCCUCUGAAAGAUGUCAAGUCCCGGGAAAAAGGCAGACAAACCAGUAUGCAACUAGGCAAAGAGAAGCCGUUCUCUAGUCAUCAAGAAACCAUUGAUGAUUCAAAGCUAUGCAGCAAAUGCCCUCCUUCCACGGCUGUGCGAUUCUUGAAUCUCAUCGAGAACUGGUCUCCUGCUCCUGAUCGGGUUGAGAGCAAGCUCACCGACUCUGAAGAUCAAGAAUGGUGGUUGCUCGUGGAGUUUGGCGCCAAAAGACACCAUCAAGUUAUCGUCAAUCAGACAACUAGCAUUGGAAGUAGUUCGAUGUUGUGGCCAACGGCACGGUUUCUUCCGGAAGCCGGUCUACACGCAUUGCCAUUCACCGUCCCGUUCUGAUUUCCUCGAAGCUUGGUUCAGAGAGAGUUGUUUGAUAUGACCAACAAAUUGUUCUCCUAUGUAUUUUAGAUAGCCUUUAAUUUCGGAAGUAUAUGUGUGAUUCUUUGUAGAUACACUGUUAUAUACAGUAUAUAGUAUAUAUCAAAUCAAUUUUACAUCAGAGAUUCGAGUCUCUCUUGCUCUCU